AACCGCGAACUACUUGUCACCAACAUUUACAUCUUAUGAGCGUUCUAGAAGCGUUCUCCGGGUGACAAGGCUUGGUUCAUUUCACCGUUGUAUCUCGUAUAUGAGGACGCAAAGUAAUGAGUAAACAGGCAUACGCAUUUAUUUAACUGACCACUCGACAAUUCGGAAUAUAACGAACCAUUAGUAAAUCCACCAUUAAUUUAUUACGACACAGUGCGAAACGACUAGCCAAUCAUAUGGCAUUCGAUCUGGGCAUCGCUGAUGAACAGGCCGUGGCCAGUAUCCGUCGGCGCAUGUUCCUGACCAUCUGGAUCCAGACCAUCAUCAUUACCACCGCCGGGAUUUUGAUCAUGGUGCUGCCACCUUGUCUUCUCCCGCCCGGUUCCGUUCCGCUCAGCCUGUACUUUAUCGGCGGCGCGCUCUUCUUCACGCUCUUCCUCGGCAGCACCGGCGCCCACAAAGUCCGCACCCUGCAACCCACCGACAUCAUCCAGCUCGUCCCGCCUGACCACCCCGUCGACGAGCCGGUUAUCCCCUCGAAAGACUUCAAAGAAGCCAGGAAGUUCCCCAUGCUCUUCGCGUUUCGCAGCUACAACUACGGAAUGAUCGGUCUGCUGGCCGCCAGUCUCAUCUCCGUGUUGAGCGAAGUCCCCAGGGAUAUUCUACAAGGACGGGUGGCCAUGAUCAAGUGGCCGCUCAUCGCGUUCGGCGUCGGCUUCGUCCUGCAGUUGGCCUGCAUCAUCAGCAAUGCCAUCGCGGCCGAUAAUUAUGCAAAGGAACUACGCCCCGAAAUCCGGGAUUUCGCUACGUUUGAGGAGAUGGUGCGACGCCGGCAGCGGGAGCAGGCCGGCGUCGGUGAGCCGGUGAAGUUUGAGUCGCUUCCACGUCUGACUGUGCCGAGCGAAUCACCGGACGACACGCUGCAAGUUAUUCUGCGGAAUAAUUAAAAGAACAUAUAACGGCGCCUCGUUUCCCAGUCUGUACAUAAUCAGGCAAUUUCCAGUGUAACAAACUGUGUGACGUAGUUGAUCCAGCCAAAUACAACCGCACCUCAUUAGACAUGUGACUGCAGUACGAUUUCCGACGCUAGAUUAUGAUUUAAGUAAUGCACUUGAAUGAUU